CGUUUGAAUUCAGUUGAUAUUUGCCUGCCGGCAACAGCAGAAGCAGAUUUUGAUACCCACAUCAGUGGGGGAAUGUGUGUGUCUGAUUGUGUGCCUAUGUUUGUGUGUGUAUAUUUGUUAGCGCACAAGAUUUUGAUUUAGAAUAAUACGCAACAAAUUCUAAUAAUUAUUAUAAUUAGUACGCGAGCUAAAAUUGAAUACAAAUAAUCAACCGUAACAGCGUAAAUUCAAUAAAAAUAUCAUUUAUUCAUUAUGUAUACGAAAAUAUUUCGUGCUGUGAUAAUCGGCGCUCCCGGAUCGGGAAAAGGCACCAUCUCGGAUCGUAUUGUGAAGACGUUCGGGUUUCUCCACAUUUCCUCGGGGGACAUUCUGCGCCAGAAUAUCAUCAAAAAUACCGACCUGGGCAAGAAGGCUCAACAGUACAUUGCCUCCGGCCAGCUGGUACCAGAUGAUAUUAUGACCAAGACAAUGAUCGCCCGCAUCACCGAGGUGGGCAACAAAUCCUACAUUUUGGAUGGCUUUCCCCGUAAUAGUGCCCAAGCCGAUAUUUUGGCGGCACGUGAACAAAUUGAUGCCGUUAUCAACUUGGACAUUCCACAUGAUGUGAUCAUUGAGCGUGUCAAGCAUCGUUGGAUACACGCCCCAUCUGGACGUGUCUACAAUAUAGGCUUCAACGAUCCGAAGGUGGCGGGCAAGGAUGAUAUAACUGGCGAGCCACUGACCCAACGCGAGGACGACAAACCGGAGGUGGUGUCCAAGCGUUUGCAACUCUACGAUGAACUAAUGGGUCCCGUGCUGGCCUGGUAUGCUGAACGUGGUCUGGUAACCAGUUUCAAGGGUCGCGAAACUAAGGAGAUUUGGCCACGCGUCGAACGUUUUCUUAAGGACAAAGUCAACAUGGGUUAAGAGGAGUAGGGUAUUAUGGCAACAACGAAACAAACACUUCAAUUAAGUGCACAAAUUUUAUUCAAUAUUGAUAGGCAGCUGUUGCUAAGAUGUGUUCAAUUAAGGUCUAACAUAUAUAUUAGAUUUAUAUAUAUGUUGUGCGUGAUAGAGUAGGGCUAAUAGAAGGGGGUUUACGGUUCAUUGAAACUAAUCAAAUGUAAUUGCGAAGCCUUACAAAGUAAAAACGAAUCAAAAUAAUGAAAUGUGUCCAAAUGUAUAUUUUCCUUGCCAUAUACAUGUGUAUACACUGAUUAUGAGCUAUAUAACCCAUCCAAAACAUUCCCCUAAUAAAAAGAAAAAUGUUUUGUUUUGAUAUGAAUAUUAUAUAUAUAUAGUUAUAUGUAUGUACAUACGUGUAUAAACGCUUCUAAGUAGGUGCUCUGAUAAUAAAUCAUUUCCUUUUCUUGUUUUGUAA